UCUCCAUUCCUUCAGGUUUCCAGAGCUUCUUCACACCCAUCAUGGGGGGAACCAAGCUCUGCGUUCUGCUGCUGCUCAGCACGUACGCCCUGGCCCAGCAAGAUGUCGAUGGCCAAUCUCCAACGUGUUUCUUGGCCAGAAGGUUCAAGAAUUUCAAGAGGUUUGUGUACAACUACGAAGCUGAAACCCUUAACGGAGUGAACGGAGCUGCGGAUCUCAAGAACGGUCCCAAAGUCUCCUGCAAGGUUGAGAUAGACGUGCCCCAGACCUGCAGUUUCAUCCUGCGCACAUCGGAGUGCUCUCUGAUGGAGGCCGUUGACGUCAGUGCAGAGGGUGCUCCAGUGUUUGGACCCGCUGCAAACGCCGAGGCUUUCAAAGUUGCCAUGGCAAAGAACCCCUUGAAAUUCAUGGUAGAGGGACAGACUGAUGUCAAGCUCUUCCCCGAGGAGGACGAGCCCGUCAACAUCCUGAACGUCAAGAGAGGAAUCAUCUCAGCACUUGUUGUACCCGCAAUGGAGGAAGAGAGGAAUAGGGAAAUGGCAACCGUACACGGAGUCUGCACCACCGACUUCACCGUCAACUCCAGGGAGGAAAUUGCCACCGACGUGACCGUCAGCCGAGACCUGUCCAGAUGUGACCGCUUCAGCGCCAAAAGGGAGCACACCAGUCCUUUGGCUCUCAUCUCCGGCAUGAAUUACCCCCUAUCUAAGAUGAUUAGCAGCACUCAGACUUGUAACUACAAGUUUGACAACCAGAGGAAGCACAUGACCGGUGCAACCUGCACUGAGAAACACAUCUUCAUGCCCUUCUCUCAUCAGAAUGAGUAUGGUAUUCUUACACUGGUGAAGCAGACCCUCACUCUGCGAGACAGCAGCAAGAUCAACGACAGAGUCUUUAACCACAAUGAGAACAACCUUAAGUUCUUGCACAUGGAGGCCUUCGAGGACAAGGCACCCAUCCAGACCAAGGAUGCAGCAGUUGCCGCCAUGAGAGAGUUGAGCACCCUGUCUCAGGCUUCACCUGGCCACCAGCGUGCAAGCACAUUCCACAGACUGGUGUCUGAGCUCCGUGGCCUGAAGGCCGACAUCUUGAGCUCAGCAGCCCUGGAUAUGAUGGACAUGUCCCAGGCCCUAACAUGGCAGGCUUUGGCUCAGUGCGGUACCCCAGAAUGCAGCAGUGCCAUGCUGAGUGUCCUCAGGACCUUCGACAAGGCUGCUAUCGAGGUUGAUGCUGCCAUCUAUGCCCUGGGACUGCUACCCAACCCCUCCCGCCUCCUGGUCAAGGAUAUGCUGGCAAUGGCUCAAUACAAGCAGAGCAAACCCAUCAUGUUUGCCUUAAGCAACGCCAUGAGGAAGCUAUACCAGGCUGAGGGUAAAGUCACCCCUGAGAUGACUGCUGUGUCCGAGUUCAUGGCUUCCAUUCUGGGCGAGGACUGCGCAGGGGAGAAGGAGCGAACCUUCAUGACGCUAAGGGUGAUUGGUAACAUGGGAGAGGUGAUGGAGGCUGCAGAUCCAACUAUAAAGACCACACUGUUGAAAUGCAUGAGACAGCCUGCAACUACACUGUCUGUGCAGCUGGCUGCCAUCCAGGCUUUCAGACGUAUGUCUGUAACUGAUGAGGUGCGCUCAAACCUCCAGAGGGUCAGUCAGUAUGCCAAGGGAGCUGUGCAGAAGCGCCUGGCAGCCUACCUGAUUCUGAUGAGGAAUCCCGAGGCAAGCGACUUUGAGAUGAUCAAGAAGAUGCUCAAGCAGGAACAGAACCCACAGGUCAAAGCCUUUGUCACGUCUCACAUUCACAACAUCAUCUCCUCCACCGAUCCCGAGACCCAGAGGAUUGGUAAGAAGAUCGUAGAUGCCUUGCAGAACUCUGAUGUGGACAGCCACACUGACUACACCACAAUGUCCCGCAACUACAAGCUGGAAAUGGCAAAUGAACAAAUGCAAGCCAAAAUUCAAGGCAACACUAUCUUUGAUAGUGCCAACCAAUUGCCCAAGGAGGUCCUGUUAGAAACUACCCUGAAAGCGUUUGGCUACAAUAUGGAUCUGUGGGAGGUUGGCAUUGAAGGGAAGGGCUUUGAGCCAACCAUUGAGAGUCUUUUUGGAAAGAACGGGUUCUUCCCAGACACUGUGUCCAAGGCUAUGUACUGGGCUGGGGAUAAGAUGCCAGCCAAGAUCAGCGAGGUUCUGGAGAAAUGGGCUUCUACUCUAAAAUCAGGCGGCCAGAAGAAGCAGGUGCCUGAGAAUCUUGUGAGGGAAAUUGUUCGUAAUUUCAACAAGCUGACAGCAGAUCUGCAGGCUCAGGAAUCCACAGAGGCCAUGGCCUACCUUAGGAUCAUGGGAAAUGAACUUGGUUAUAUCAAGGGCAGCGAGCUGAAGGGCAUCGCUCAAUAUGCAAUCAUGUAUGCUGAAGUUUUCCUGAAGACUCUUCCUACUGAGGCCAUGAAGAAACUGAUAUCCGGUACCGACAAUGAGAUCUUCGGGCAUUACAUCUUCAUGGAUAACAAAUUCACCUUAUCGACAGCGUCUGGCCUCCCUCUGAAGUUUGCUCUGUCUGGCACCUUUGCUGCUGGUGCAAAGGGAGGACUUCGCAUUGCACCAAACAUGCAGGAAGUAUCCUUCAGCCCCUCUGUGGGAACAGAGUUUGUGACACAGAUGGGUGUUCAUAUCCCAGAGUUUGUUGUGUCGGCAGUCGAGAUGCACACCAACAUAUACCACGAGAGUUCUCUCAAUGCUAGGAUCACCAUGGACCAGGGCCAGGUCAAGCUGUCCAUUCCCGCCCCACAGGGCUCCAACCAGCUCUUCAGAAUAAGCAACAGAAUGCUGAGUGUGACCACCGGCCAGGUUACCCUGAUCCCACACAAGGAUGAGGGCAGGACUAAUAACAUUAACUGCAGACCUCUCUUCCCUGGAAUCAAGUACUGUACCACUCUCCGUUACUCUGUUGCUGGUGCCAACAACGCUGCUCCUUACUUCCCACUCAACGGCGAGACUAAAUUUUCUGUGGAUCUUCAGCCCACUGGUGAGGUUUCUGAGUUUACUGCCACCAUUGCCUACAAGCUGCUCAGCGAGGGCAAAGAGGGACGUCACAAGACUGAUUCUCUGAAGAUGAUCCUUAGAGCGGAGGGUGAGGAGCCCACUGAAGCCACAGUCACGAUGAAAUACAACAGAAACAGGAAUAUCUUCACCACCAAUGUCCAGAUCCCCGACUUUGACGUGGAGACCGGGAUCAGGGUGGGACUCACUGACAGCAGUGCUAAAGGCAAAUCUAUUACCCUUGAGGUCACCAACAAGAACAUCCCUCAACUGUCACUAAUCGGCCGUGCCAAGCUUCAGGCUAUGACUGACGGCAUGCUGCAGGUUCAGCUGGUAGUACCUUCACUCAAGACUGAUGCUGCCAUCACUGGCACCAUAAGGAACACAGAGGGACUCACCAUGGAGAUCAAGAGUGACAUCAAGCUCCUUGAGACCUCCUCCAUUCAGGCAGUCAUCUUCAAAUAUGGCACGGACCAGGCUGAGGUUCAGCUGAUGUCAAACAUGAAUUCUGGUAUGAUGAGAGUCCUCGUGCCUUACACCGAAGCCUUCAAUGUUUGGCUGAAGCAGCUUGUGGACGAUGUCAUGGAUCAGCAGGUGGUUAAGACUGACAUGAAACUGGGACACAUUUUUACCAAGGCUGUUGAGGCUAGCAAUAUCUGGAUGGACAAGAUUACCGCUGAUGUCCCCUAUGUACAAACUGUGAGGGACAGUAUGAAAGACCUGGCAAUGCCCUCAAUGCCAGAGACUCUGUUUAUGAACCUCGAAAGCACAUUCAGGUACCGAUUCAACAAGGACCAUAUCACCUUGACCAUACCCCUGCCUCUUGGAGGAAAGUCAUCUGAGGAGCUCAGGAUACCUUCCAUGCUCACAACCCCACACAUGUCAGUGCCUCAGGUUGGCUUGGAGCUUGCCCAGAGGGAGAUCCAAGUCCCCACCUUCACCAUCCCCACUGACUAUGAUCUUAAUUUGCCACUCAUGGGAAUGGUGGAAGCGUCUGCAAAGGUCAACAGCAACUACUACAACUGGGAGGGAAUGGUCUCUGCUGGGAACAACACUGCAGAGUCUCCUAAUUACUUGAUUAAAUUCAAGGUCAUGGCUGACAGUCCCAUCGAACUCCUCUCUUUCACAUCUGAGGGAGCUGCCCAGAUCAGUGACACACCAGAGGUGAUUUUGAAGGUCGCUAUUGAUGGUUCCAUGAAACACAAGCUUAUGGAUGCCAGUUUUGAUGUCUUGGAAACCAUGGCUCUCUCAGACAAAAUGUUGUCAACAGGAAGCUACAAUAUCCAGGCUUCCAGCCCUCUAGGUUUAAGAACAUCCCUGGACGUAACCUCGCAGUUGUCCCUUGGCUCAGACAUGCUCUCUGGAGAUGGAAAUGUAGAUGGAAGUAUGUUGGUCGGAUCUAUGUCUGCUAGUACCACCUAUUCCCAUUCCUUUUCUAUUAAGCCAAUGAUGAAAGAAGCAAAAGCCGAGUCCAAACUGACCAUGAAAUCUCCAAUCCUGAAGGUUAUGAAUGAGAUUAAAGGAAAUUACGCAAACGAGCAGCUUCUGAUUGAGUCCAACACCGAAAUGAACAAUGAGCCAGUGAAGCACACCACCAAAUUUAGCAUUGGCUACAAAGAUGCCCAGCUCACAGUCCAGUCUAACUCUGAGACCAAGGUUGUUAAUAGAGUGCUUCGUAGCCAGGUAGACUUCGCUGCUUCCAGAGCAAAGGCCAGCAUCAGGGUAGAGAAUCAGGCAGAUGAUAAUGAGAACCGUGCCUACACUUUGCUCUCUGGGUCCAUGGACCCCUCUGGUGUCGAGGUCAAUGCAGAUGCCUCAGUGAAUAUCUUUGCAACCCGUGCCUCUCACAAAGCAACCCUGUCUCUGAACAUGAAUGGCCUGACCACCAGUUGCACCACAACUGCACACAGCAGUAUCCCACUGACCUUUGAAAAUGCUUUCCAUGGUGGAGUUGACACCACUGGAGCCACCAUGUCUAUCACCACCAAGGGAUCCAUGAGGGAGAACAAAGCCGAACUCAAUGUUGAGGGAAAGAUUGGAGGUUCAGAGGCCUACCUUAAAAGCAUGUUCGAGGGCAACCUCUUUAAUGCUAACACCAGAAACGCAGUGAACCUCAGAGUGAAUAGGGAUUCCAUGACCUUUUCCAACAACCUGGUUGGAUCUCUUAAUGAGAUAAGGACUGAUAGCACACACUCCAUGACCCUUACUCUACGAUCCCUGAUGCUCCAAUCUAAGACGGAUAACUUCUUUGACAACAAAAAUUCCUACAAGCAUGACAUCACAAUUAGGAUGGAGCCUUUCACUGCCUUAGUCAAGAGUAGAAAUGACUUGAAGAUCAUGGAUGCCAACUUUGUGAAUGAAGCCGAGCUCAGGGCACAGCCUUUUAACUUGGAGAUGACUGGGACAAUGAUGGGAACCUUUUCAGAGGAACAGCUGAAGCACACCUAUGAAAUCAAAUUUGUUGAUAUGAUUCUAUCUACAAAGUACGACACCAAUGGUAAACUCCUGGGGUCACGCAUGACACAUACCACUGACAUGGAGAUUUCAGGUCUGAGGAUGGUGUUCAACAAUAGGGCUAACUUCAACUCACCAUCUCUUCGUUUUGACAGCACUGUCGAAACUAUUGCUGCACCCUUCACACUCCACAUUGAUGCAAUUUUCAACUCAAAUGGUGACAUCUAUCUAUACGGACAACAGAAUGGUGAGCUGUACAGCAAAUUCCUUUUGAAGGCAGAGCCCCUGGUUUUCAUGCACUCAUUUGAGAAUAGAGCCUCAAGCACUCAUGAAAUGGAAAAUGGAGUUUCCAUGAAGACUAACAUGAACAACAAGUUCAACAGCCUGAUGACCCUCCAGGAGCAGAGUGUCACACUGAAGAUGACAUCCAAAUUAAAUGACCAUGCCCUCAGUGAGGAAAUGAAUAUCUACAACAACGCAGAGAAAAUGGGAGUAGAGCUGAAUGGAGCUGUCUCAACCACUCUCUUCAACAAAGCAGGUGAGAGCCAUGACUACACCAUUUCUGGAUUUGUAAAGUAUGACAAGAACAGUGACAGCCACUUCCUCCAGAUUCCAUUCAUUGAGUAUCUGCCUGCAGUCAUUGACGAGAUGAAGACUACCAUCGUUAAGCUGAUGGACAACAGCAUUGAAAUGCUGAGAAAAAUCUAUACCGAAAAUGAAAUCAGUUCCAGGAUUCAUUUGAAAGUGUCAGAACUGAAGGAGGUAAUUGAAACAUUUGACUUCAGGCUGUUUGGCCAAGACAUGAAAAAUUUCAUCAACUCAAUGGAAAAAUACAUCACCAGCAUUAUGGCUAAGUUCAACGCUGAGGAAGUUGUUAAUGUUCUGAAAUCAAUCAGGAAUACCAUCGUACUGUGGCUGAAGAAACUUGACAUCCCUACCAAGAUCAAUGUAAUUUAUAACAAAAUAGAAGUGUUCUUGUCCCACUAUGAGGUUGAAAAUAUCAUUGAGAAAAUAAUGGAUGAGGCUGUUGAAAUUAUGAAGCAGUACCGGGUAAGGGAAAAGAUUCAGUCUGCAUUUGCCACUCUCAGAUCAAUUGACAUCCAACCUCUGCUUGACGAAAUUAUGGCACCUGUGAAGGAGCUGGUGAAUGAACUGUAUGCCUUUGACUUCAAGCAAAUGAUUGGUGACAUGAGUGACUAUUUCAUUAAAAUGGUUGAGAAAAUCAAGUCAUUUGAUUACGAAGCAUUCACAAUGGAGCUGAAAGAUAAAGUCACUGAAAUAAGCAAGGUUCCCUGUUUUGGAAAACUCCAUGGAGAGUUCAAAAUCAUCUCGCCUGACUACCGCCUCAAGACUACUGCUGAGCUGCGGAACAUCACUACUACACUAGCCACACCAGAGUUUACAAUGAACUUCACCUCACAGGCCACAUCUACUUUUGACCUCCUUGCCUACGAUCUAGAUGCCAACGCUCACCUUGCUAUUCCCAAAAUGAGCCGUCUGUCUCUCACUGAGAAAAUCAUGGCAGUGCAUACAGCUUUAAGUCUUGACCAUCAGGGGGCUGUGAAUUUCUAUGGCUUGUCCGCUCAGGGUAAUGCCAAGACCACAGUUAAAGCCACAACUGAGCCCUAUGUUGCCGAGCUAGUUAGUGAUGCAUUCUUUGCAUUGGAAAACGGAGUUUCUGUGAAAGUGGAUAAUGCAUAUAAACAUGAGGUCAACAUGCCACUCCUCAACAUCUUCAGUGAUGCAUCUUUUAACCAGAAGGCUGUUGCACUGCUUGAAGCUGGCACUCUACGGCUGACCACUAGCAAUGAUGGCAAAGGAAAAUAUGCAGUUCAGGACUACUCAGAUGAGGCAACCCACAAAAGUGACAUUGAAGUAGUCAUAGAUCUUCACACUGCCAAGGUGACUUCCAAGGGAGAAACACAAAGUGGUUACCUUAAAAUGAACCAAAAUGUGAAUGCUGAAAUCUGCAUUUUCCGCCAUGUUAUUAUUGAUGCCAGGGCUGAGACAGUAACUCCCUUCAUGAAAAACAGUGUUGCAGAGUUGAAAGUCCAGGCUAAGGUUGAAGACUUAAAGAUUGAUGUGACUGCCUCUCAUGAUGCAGAACUUGUUGGACAAGUUGAGGGAAAACUCUCAAACUCUCUCCUUGUUUUGGCCACCCCAUCUCAGUUUGUGUUUGACACCAAGAAUAAGGGAAACCCCAAGGUUACUCUACCAUUCAAGCUGUCUGUGAAGACAGAUCUACAGAAUGAUAUGGCUAUUACCCUUAACUCUGAAGUGCAGCAGGCCAGUUGGACAGGCCUUGCUCGAUUCAACCAGUACAAAUUUUCCCAUUACUUAACCAUGGAUAAUCGUGAAAGGGAAAUUCAGAUCUUUGCAAAAUUUGAUGGUGAAGCCAAUCUUGAUAAGCUGAAGCAGCCUAUCAGCAUUCCUGAAAUGACUGUUCCAUUCUUUGCCAUUAAGACACCAAAAGUGGAAAGCUACUCUUUGUGGGAAGACACUGGUCUGAACAAGCUCCUGACCACAACUCAGCAGACCUUCAACAUGGAUGCCAAACUCAAGUACAUUAAGAACCCCGAAAUGAUUACUUUUGACAUUGACAUGGAACCAAUCAUUGAUUUUUUAAAUACAAAUGGCAGGAUUUUGCACAAGAACUUACUUGUUGGCAAGGAUAAGGCUGUUGUUAUCCUUACUAAAUCUUAUGGCCAAGCAAAGGCUGAGUAUGACAAAUACAGUAUUGAGAUGCCUGAAACUGUUACCAUCCCUGCAUACAAAGUUCCAGUGCUGGAUAUUGAAGUGUCCUCUUUCACCAUUCCCUUGCCUGACUUCAGUUUCAUCACAAUGCCUGCUUUGCACAUACCAUCCGCCAUUAGCAAGCUGACUCUACCAAAAAUCACUCUACCCAAAAUGCAGAAGAGCAUUAUGAUCCCUGCUAUGGGUGAUCUAACCUAUGAGUUUUCCAUGAAGACAGCUGUGAUCACACUUAAGACUGAUGCAAGCAUCCUCAACCAAGGUGAUAUCAUCAUUAAACUUGAUGCCUCCUCAUCCUCCGAGUUUGAUGUUCUGACUGGUAAGAUUGAGGGCACCACCACCAUUAACAGAGUAAAUGGAAUGAAAAUGGCCUCUGUCCUGUCUGCGAAACACAUGGUUGUGGAGGGAAACCACGACAGCACCAUUAACAUCAACAACGGAGCAGUGGAUGCUUCCAUGACCAAUUCAGCCAAGGUCAUUCUGCCUGUCCUGAUAAUGGAGAUCAACCAGGAGAUGUUUGGAAAUCCACAGGAAGGCCUUAUUCUGUCUGUGUCCUCUCCAUCUGCUGGACUCCUUGGACUCCAGCUGCAGGCUAAGCAUCCAGCCCAAGUAAAGGGGAGAAUCUUCGGCCGCUACCCGUCUGAGCCCACAAAUGAAGUUGAUAUACUGGCUCUGAAGAUGUCUGUGAUGAACUUUGAGAAGCUGAGUCUUCAAACAGCCUGGAAUAUGGAAGUGCCCUAUGAGAUGAUGCUGGGAAUAAAGGAGAGGGUGCCUACAGUCAUUUCACCAGAGACCAUCCAAGAUAUUGUGUCUGAUCCAAUUAGCAAGGCCUACAGCAAGAUAACCAACUUUGCUGGAAAUCUUGAGGGUUCUUUUGAGCAAGCUAAGGAGCAGGGCAAAGUUAUGUUUAAGAGAGCCGCUGACAACUUUGAAGCAUUAAAUCUUUCUAGAAUGACCACAGUGGUCUCAGACAGCACAAUUUUGAUUCUUAGGAAGUACCAAAAGAACAUCAACAUUUUUCUUGAUGCUGUCAUUAAAUUCCUGGGUGAGACCAAGUUCCAGAUUCCUGGAUUUGGAGAAAAGAUGUCAGGAUUUGAGGUCUACCAGAGCUUUAGCACCUUUGUUGCUGAUGUAUCCAAAGAAGCCAUCAGAAGGGCUCCAGAGUACCUUGAAACUAGAUUCGAACUGAUCCUUAACUACUUCAGAGGCCUUAAGUUCACUUUGCCUGGCUCUAGAAGAGUUGUCAGUGGUAGAGAAAUCUUGCAUGAUGUUGUUGCAGCAGUGAAGAAGAUUCAGGGACAAUUGAUUGCCAUUGUCAAGACAUUGGGAGAUAUCAAUCUGGAAGACAUCAUUAAGGGCUUCUCUCGUGUCAUGAAUGUUGUUGUUGAGAGGGCUGAGGAACUCCUCAAGUCCACAGGAAUUCCAGAUGUUGAUAUGCUUUCUGCUAGUGUGAGUGCUGUAUACACGGAUGCUAUUAACUCUCAAGUCCUGGCUGACAUCACUAAGAAUAUAGCCGAGGUCAGAAGAGUUGUUGAAGAAUGCAUAGACAUUGUGAGAGCAAAGUUUGAAUAUCUUUUUGCCGAUAUGUCUAUUGAUCAGCUUCAAGUUGACAUCCAGUCCUUCAUUGACUCCAUGGUGGAACGUGUGAAUGCACUCUACAACAAUGUCAUCGAGUACAUCAAGGAGAUGACCAAAAAGUUUGAUCCUUUUGUAAGAAUGAGUGACAGACAGAUGGAUAUUGACAUUCCUUUACCAUACAUUGCCAAAUUCAACUAAAUGUGAACUUUGAAAUAUGACAGUAUAAGCCUAAUUUAUUGUUUAAUAGCUAACAAAAAAUGUACACCAUCAAAAGACAAGCCUCGACCCAGGAUAUUUUUGCCCCUGCCUUAUUUUACAAAUUACUCAUUUCAGUAUUUUUUAGUGUAGAAUUUGAUCUUUUCUGGUCGAGCUCUGCUCCGUUUGUGUUUUAUUCUAUUUAAAAAAUAGAAUGUAUGAAGCCAUCAAUAAAGACAAUUUGUACCGCA